CCACGCCCCCCUGCUCGCGGGCCGCGUGCGGAGCCGCGCGCCCGGGAAGCUCCGGGACCGUGGCGGCGGGCGGCGGCGGCGCAGCCCUCUGCGGGCCAUGUCCUCUCCGGCGGUUGCGAGGAGCUCCCCAGGAGGGAGUCGGGAGAUGGCCCCAGCGCCGCAGGGCGGAGGCCGGUUCUGGGAAGUGGGCGGCGGCAGCGGCCAUCGGCUGGAGCGCGCGGCCGCGGAGUCGGAGCGCUGGGAGCUGCUGCUCCGCCGCGGGGAGCUACUGGCGCUGGGCGGCCACCUGAAGGGCGCGCUGGAGGCGUUCGCGGCGGCGCUGCGUCGCGGGGCCCCGGCCAGGCCCGAGUGCCUGGGCGCCCUGGUGGACUGCCUGGUGUUCAACUACCGGCUCCGCCACGGGCUGGGCUGGAGCGCGGCCCCGGUUGCGGGCGCUGACGGCGGCGCUGGCGGGCUCCUCAGAUGCCUGGGCUGCCGGGGCUUCCUGAGCGAGCCGGUGACCGUACCCUGUGGCCACAGCUACUGCCGCCGCUGCCUGCGGAGGGAACUCCGCGCCCGCUGCCGCCUCUGCCGGGACCGGCUGCCGCCCGCCACCGCCAGUGCCACUGAUGCUGAAGGGACCGCCCCACGGCCGCCGCCUCUGGCCGCCGCCAUCGCCGCCUCAGACUUCAGAACCAGCGUCGUCCUCAACCACCUGGCCGAGAAGUGGUUUCCGGGCCAGCGCGAGCGGGCCCGUGCGGCCGGCAGGCUCGGGGAGCUGCUGCACCAGGGGCGCUACCGGGAGGCCCUGGCCGCCGCCUGUGAGGCGCUGCGAGCAGAGCCCAGUGACUUGAUUGUAAAAAUUUACAGAGCAGAAUCAUAUGCUGGUCUCCAAGAGUUUAAAGCAGCCAUAGAAGAUUUAAAUGCAGUUCUUUUUCAACUUCCAGAUUGGCCUGAGGUCUACUUCAGGAAAGGAAAAGUACUCUGCGAUGCCGGUUUUUUAGGUGAUGCCUUACAACUCUUUCUUCAGUGCUUAGCCCUUGAUGAAGAUUUUGCACCUGCAAAGCUGCAAGUACAAAAGAUUUUAUGUGAUUUAUUAUUACCUGAAAACUUAAAAGAAGGCCUGAAGGAAUCUUCCUGGAGUUCAUUACCAUGUACUAAAAACAGACCUUUUGAUUAUCCUUCAGUGAUGGAAGAGUCUCAGUCUCCCAGUGAACCUAGCCCAAAGCAGAGUGAAGAAAUACCAGAGGUCACUUCAGAGCCUGUCAAAGGAAGCUUAAACCGUGCUCAGUCAGCACAGUCUAUAAAUUCAACAGGAAUGCCUGCCAGAGAGGACUGUUUAAAAAGAGUGUCCUCAGAACCUUUUCUGUCUGUUCAAGAGAAAGGUGUUCUGCUGAAAAGAAAGUUGUCUCUUUUAGAACAGGAUGUGAUUGUAAAUGAAGACGGAAGAAAUAAGCUUAAAAAACAAGGAGAAACUCCCAAUGAAGUCUGUAUGUUUUCCUUAGCUUAUGGUGAUAUUCCAGAAGAAUUAAUCGAUGUCUCAGAUUUUGAGUGUUCUCUCUGCAUGAGGUUGUUUUUUGAGCCAGUAACAACCCCUUGUGGACAUUCAUUCUGUAAGAAUUGUCUUGAGCGUUGUUUAGAUCAUGCACCAUAUUGUCCUCUUUGCAAAGAAAGCUUAAAAGAGUAUCUAGCAGAUAGGAGGUACUGUGUCACACAGCUGUUGGAAGAAUUAAUAGUGAAGUAUCUGCCUGAUGAACUGUCUGAGAGAAAAAAAAUAUAUGAUGAAGAAACUGCUGAACUCUCACACUUGACCAAGAAUGUUCCAAUAUUUGUUUGCACUAUGGCCUACCCCACUGUGCCUUGCCCUCUCCAUGUAUUUGAGCCAAGAUAUAGAUUGAUGAUUCGAAGAAGUAUACAGACUGGAACCAAACAGUUUGGCAUGUGUGUCAGUGAUACACAAAAUAGUUUUGCAGAUUAUGGUUGUAUGUUACAAAUUAGAAAUGUGCAUUUCUUACCUGAUGGAAGGUCCGUGGUUGAUACAGUUGGAGGAAAGCGGUUUAGGGUUUUAAAAAGAGGAAUGAAAGAUGGAUAUUGCACUGCCGACAUUGAAUAUCUGGAAGAUGUUAAGGUUGAGAAUGAAGAUGAGAUUAAGAAUCUCAGAGAGCUUCAUGAUUUGGUUUACUCUCAAGCCUGCAGCUGGUUUCAGAAUUUAAGAGACAGAUUUCGAAGCCAAAUUCUUCAGCACUUUGGAUCAAUGCCUGAGAGGGAGGAAAACCUUCAGGUAGAGGCUGGAAAUAGGUGUCAGCUGAGAUGCCUGUAGGAGAGAGCGCCAGAGAGGGAGCAAGUCGUUAAGAGGAUUUUUAGGAGGGGUAAGGAAUUAAAAACAGGAUGUUAUUAUCUAGAAACUGUGAUUGUGAGACAACUAACCAUGCCUUCAAACCCAUCCCCUGUUGAUGUUAUUCUUUGACAGCAGAGAGACUUACCAUUUUCUAUACAUUUAAAACAUCUUUUCUCACCUUUCUUUUUAUCUCCCAACAUUUGACCCAACCACUUCAAUUCAUUUUUGUCUCUUCAUGUUUAAUACCUCACUCCUCAUGAAACUAUUAUUCUUUUAGUCUUGCUGGUACUUAGGGUUUACACUUAAGCUUAGUCGAAUGAAUGUGUAUCUGUCACUUUCUGUGCAAGCAAAACUGCAGGAGGCAUAAAAGAAGGGUCUGGCUCCUGGAAAAUCUGAUCAUAGACUCACUAAAGCACUACGUUUUAGGCAUAAGCAUUUUGAAUUGAAUUAAAUGUUUUUGAUCAGAAGGUGAUAGAUUUUACAAAGGAAUGGCUGUCAGUAAAUAUGUGAAGAUGGAGAGAUAAUAGAUCUCAUUGUAAUGCACACUGCCUCAUUCCCGUUUUCAAGGGUUGGUCCACAUUUGUCUGAAUCCCAACUGAAUCCUUCACCUGAACUUGAAACACCAACAUUAGGCCAUCUCCAAAUUUAGUAUUCAUUCUGUUUAGCAUAUUAUCAGUUGACAUCUAUUUGUUUUAACUGAUUACUUGAAUCUGAUUAAACAUCAUAGAAAUUGGCUUUGAUAAGAACAAUAUUGAAUACGAAAUUUUAAAUAACAAAACAGCUUAUAGAAAAAUUCAACAUAACUUUCCCAUCACCUUCACCACCCUUGCCUUUUAUUAUCCUGUCCUCUAUCACUGCUUUCUGUUAGCGAUGUUGUGUGAGGAUUCGGGCAGGAAAGCAAAAGCAACCACCCUUCAUAUUCCCAGAAUGAAUGAUGCAGGAUGUAGACUUCAUAUAGUAGUUGGGAGAGCUGUGGGAGUGAAGGUCAGGGAUGUCACCUACAGAAGUCAGGGAAUCUGCCACCAGAGAUCCUGCAUCAGAAACCGCCAGCAGCAUGCUUCUAAAGAACUAGUGGGGAAGUGGCUAUAAUUCUUAGGAAUCCCAGUGAGUCCACACCACUAUCUCACUCUACAGCAAUGGAGGAAGGGGUUUCCAGGAGCUCUCUGGAAAGUUCCUCCCCACACUUUGCAACAAUCUUCAGAGGAUAAUGGCUUCUCUUCCAGCUUCCACACCCGACAAGAGUGCCUUUCUUUCAUUGGCCAAAUCUAACCUGGACCCCUAUGACAGAGAGGGGAUUCUAGGAGACAGUUUCUAAUGUCUGUGGAAUGCAGAUGAGGAGGUAGCAAUGCUUAGCUGACAGCAGACAAUAUACAAACAUAGAAACCGAAUCUGAUUCUAGAGGGGCCUACUGAGAUCAGCACUGAUGUCAUAGCUCCUUUUGUCAUUCUGAAGCUUUAUAUUUUCAGUCUGAUAAAUAGCAAUUCAAGGUUCAAUGAAGGUGGCUUACAAGUCCUUUUAUGGAAAUUUCUAGUUUUUUCAAUAGCCAAUAGUCAGCCCUCACAGCAUCACUAGGACCUUUUCACUGGAGAUAUGUUUCUUUUUUGAAGAAAAUUGGAAGCUGGGGCCAUUUUCUUCUAUCUUUCCAAGGGUUCCAUAAUAUUUUGAGGAAAUUUUAAAUCUCAAUUAACAUUUCUUAAUGCUUUAAAUAUAUAGCUCAAGAAAGUGGCUGUCGGGCCAGGCGCGAUGGCUCACGCUUGUAAUCCCAGCACUUUGGGAGGCCGAGGCGGGCGGAUCACAAGGUCAGGAGAUCAACACCACGGUGAAACCCCGUCUCUACUAAAAAUACAAAAAAAUUAGCCGGGCGUGGUGGCGGGCUCCUGGAGUCCAGCUACUCGGAGAGGCUGAGGCAGGAGAAUGGCGUGAACCCGGGAGGCAGAGUUUGUGGUGAGCCGAGAUUGCGCCACUGCACUCCAGCCUGGGCGACAGAGCGAGACUCCGUCUCAAAAAAAAAAAGGAGGAAAGAGUGCGUGUUGACUAUGGAGAGUCAGGUCUAGAUUUGAAUCUCGGCUCUGCCACGUAUGAGCUGAGAGAUCUUGGACAAUUUGCAUUACAUUGCUGAGCUUCAGUUUUCCCCAUUUUAUACUUUGCAUAAUUGUUAAGGACAUUGGAGAUAACACCUGGCACAUAGUACAAGUGCUCAAUAAGUAGUAAUUUUUUGGUGGUUUGCUACUUUUGUUCCAUAAAUCCCUGUUUUAUUAAU